AUGGCAUACACAAAAGAUUACUACCGCAUCCUAGGUCUCAUCGGGGGCACAUCUUCUCCCCCUUCAUCCUCUUCUGGAUCCUCUUCCACAAAUAUCAGCACAGAAGAGGUCCGGCGCGCCUACAAGCUUGCCUUGUUGAACGCGCACCCAGAUAAGAGGGGGGCUGCGGGUGAGCACAGAGAGGAUAAGAGGGAGAGUGGUAGGCAGAAUGGGAUGGGGCAUGGUUGUGAUCCUGGCCUUAUAACCCAAACAAGCCAAAGCCAAACCACAACACGCCACACAAUCGACGAAAUCAAAGAAGCCUACGCGCACCUCGCUGACGCGCAGAAGAAGGCGGAAUAUGAUCGCUGGUGGACUGUUCAGGCCCGUUGGGGCGGCGGUGCUGCUGGUGCUACUACUACUACUUCUGGAGCUGGUGCUGGUGUAGACGCAACAGCAACAAACGCAUUCAAUACCGACUUCAUCCUUGGUCUUGAAAUCCUCGAUCUCGCAGACUUCGAGGCUAGACCGCGGGCCCGCUGUGAGCCGGCAGAGCAACAUGGGCUCGCAGGAGCAAGAGACGACAACCCUGACCCCAACAAUGUACCGCGACACUGCCAAACCGGUCACAAUGAUACACAAGCUGCGGGAAAAGAUGGCCAUGAUGAUGUUGGUGAUGCUGAUUACCACGACAACGACAACGAACAAGCCCAAACAGAAUGGACACGGAGUUGCAGAUGCGGCGCCCAGCCCGGCUUCGCCAUCUCAGAACACGAGUUGGAAGCUGCGGAGCGCAGGGGCGAGAGGGAGGUGCUGGUUGGCUGUGGGGGGUGUAGUUUGUGGGUGAGGGUGGGGUUUGAUGUCGAGGACGAUUGA